CCCCCCUCUGUGUGUGUUUCUAUCAGGGUGGAUCAAUGCAGGAGCCUGGGCUCCACGCACACGCACGCACGCACACACACGCACGCACGCGCUCGUCCUGUCCGCGCAUCCGCAGCGUCGCGUCGCGUCCGCUGUGUGUCUAUCUCCCCCGCGGCUGAAGCGGGCCGCUCCUGGAUGUGUGCAUGUUAUAGCCCGGAAAGCCUCCGCUGCGUCGUAGGUUGAAGGCCCGGAGACAUGCCGGUGUGACGGUCAUCGGAUAUCCGUGUCCUCUCUCUCGGCUGUGCUGUACCGAGCGCCGGGGCUGAAGCGGGCGCGAGCGGCCUGUGAACACAAGAUGUCGACCCGAACACCGUUGCCCACCGUCAACGAGCGCGACGCCGAGAAUCACACGUCUGUGGAGGGAUACACGGACACACCAGCAGCUCCCUCCAAAUCAGCGAGUCGUCAGAGUCUCCCGCGCUGCCGCAGCUCCGUGGCGUCCCUCACUGACGAACUGCCUCACGUCGGCAACUACAGACUCCUCAAAACCAUCGGCAAAGGCAACUUUGCUAAAGUCAAACUCGCCCGCCAUGUUUUAACAGGAAGAGAGGUCGCGGUGAAGAUCAUCGAUAAAACACAGCUCAACCCCACAAGCCUCCAAAAGCUCUUUCGUGAAGUGAGGAUCAUGAAAGUGUUAAAUCAUCCUAAUAUAGUUAAGUUAUUUGAAGUGAUUGAAACAGAGAAGACGCUUUAUUUAAUAAUGGAGUAUGCAAGUGGAGGUGAAGUGUUUGACUACUUAGUCGCUCAUGGGAGGAUGAAGGAAAAGGAAGCCAGAGCAAAGUUUCGGCAGAUCGUGUCUGCAGUGCAGUACUGCCAUCAGAAGAGAAUAGUCCACAGGGAUCUGAAGGCUGAAAACUUGCUGCUAGACGCAGACAUGAAUAUAAAGAUAGCAGACUUCGGCUUCAGUAAUGAGUUCAUCAUCGGGAGUAAGCUGGACACGUUCUGUGGCAGUCCUCCGUACGCAGCUCCCGAACUCUUCCAGGGGAAGAAGUACGACGGGCCGGAGGUGGACGUCUGGAGUCUGGGGGUCAUCCUCUACACCCUCGUCAGCGGCUCACUUCCCUUUGACGGACAGAAUUUGAAGGAGCUGCGAGAGAGAGUUUUGCGAGGGAAAUAUCGUAUACCGUUCUACAUGUCCACAGACUGUGAAAACCUUCUGAAGAAGCUGUUGGUGCUUAAUCCAGGCAAACGUGGAAGUCUAGAUCAAAUCAUGAAGGACCGCUGGAUGAAUGUAGGUCAUGAUGAAGAGGAGCUGAAGCCGUAUACUGAACCCGAGGCUGACAUCAGCGACACAAAACGGAUAGAGCUGAUGAUCACUAUGGGUUUCCCUAAAGAUGAGAUCACAGAGGCAUUAGUAGGGCAGAAAUAUGAUGAGGUCAUGGCCACGUAUCUUCUGCUGGGCAGGAAACCUCCAGAGUUUGAAGGAAGCGAUUCACUGUCCACCCAAAACCUGUGUCAAAGGUCACGACCCAGCAGUGACCUGAACAACAGCUCUGCACAGUCACCCGCACACUCCAAAGUCCAGCGCAGUAUCUCAGGCACGCAGAAACAGCGCCGAUUCAGCGACCACGUGGCACCGUCCAUACCUCCGGCCGUCUCUCACACCAAGCGCUCUCAGGCCAACAGCGUGGAGGGAGAGAAGAAGGAGGAGGGGAAGCUGCCCUCCUCCAGCUCUAAAGAAAGCACAGCCGCCUCUCCUCUGGUGGCCCAGGAACGCAGGAAGUCCUCCACAGCUUCAGGGAACAGCGCUGCUGGUGGAGUGACGAGGAGAAAUACGUACGUGUGUGAGAGAUCCAGCACAGACCGGUACUCAGCCGUACCCAACGGCAAAGACAGCAGUUUGACGGAGAUGUCCACGUCUGCGAGUGCAUCUUCCUCCGUGUCUCCAGGAGCGUCCUCCGCGCUGGCAUCCACUCGGCCACGUCAUGUAAAGUCCAUGUCCGCCUCAGGACACCCCAGCAAGUCCCCGCUGCCGCCCAUCGAGGACAACGCUGAAUUCAAGGGGGCUCCGUCCACGUCUCCGUCAGCUCACAGUAUCAGCAGCAUGACUCCGGAUCGGACACGCUUUCCUCGGGGCACCUCCAGCCGCAGCACCUUCCACGGGGCGCAGCUCAGAGACCGCCGCAGCGCCACAUACAACGGCCCUCCGGCGUCGCCCUCGCUGUCCCACGACACGGGCGCUCUCGCCCAGGCGCGCAGGGGAACCUCGUCCGGAUUCAUCAGCAAGCUCACCUCCAAACUUGUGCGGAGGGUACCCAGUGAAGGAGAGGCCCGCGGUCGGGCGUACAGUUUGAGGAGCGGAUCUGGAGAACCCAAGGAGGAAGGCCGUGACUCGAAGCCCAGAUCGCUGCGCUUCACCUGGAGCAUGAAGACCACCUCGUCCAUGGAGCCGGGGGACAUGAUGAGAGAGAUCCGCAAGGUGCUGGACGCCAACAACUGCGACUACGAGCAGCGCGAGCGCUUCUUGCUCUUCUGCGUGCACGGGGACGCGCGACAGGACAGUCUCGUCCAGUGGGAGAUGGAGGUGUGCAAACUGCCCCGCCUGUCGCUCAACGGCGUGCGCUUCAAACGCAUAUCCGGGACAUCCAUCGCCUUCAAGAACAUCGCUUCCAAAAUUGCCAAUGAGCUCAAGCUGUAAGCAAAGGGUUCGAAAAAAUGCAAAUCUAUAGGGAACACUAAAAAAAAAAGGAAUCUCGCCAGGAAGUUUUUGAGUUACUGCUUCUGUAAGCUACUGCUGUAAUGUGUAGUGGAGAAAACAUAUGAAUGCAAAAAGCUGAAAAGAGAAAAAAACGCCCUUAGCCUGAUCUUCAUGACAUCUCGCAUAUACGCCUGGUUAAAACAACCAAUCUUGCAAUAAUAUCGAAACCCGUUCAGGGUCGGCAGGACAGAGAUCUGUCAAAUGAAUUAUCGUAACAGACUUAAACCAACUUUUUCCACAUGUACAGUUAAGAUAUAGAAUGUUUUUGUUGUAUUGAAUUAAUGAUAGAGUUGUAUAAUACAAGACUUUCAGCCUACAUAUGUGGAGGUGUUGUAUAGUCACUAUUGAGCUCUGUACAGAAUAAUUAUGUUCAAUGUGUCAUACUUGUUUAGUUGCUUUCUUUCCCCGUUUUCUUUUUUUAUUAUUAUUUUAUUUUAGAUUUUGGCACCACUCAGUUUUAACAGUUCUUUUAUAACUUCUCAGUGUUUGUUUUUAAAGGGACAGUUGAUCCAACAAUGGAAGUUCUAUUAUUUUCUCACCCUCAUGUGCUCACAAAACCCGCAUGUUGUUAUUUUUCAUGGAAGUAGAACAUUUUGCAAAAUUAUGCAACUUUUUCUGUGGUGAACGUGACUAUUAAUCUCCAAAAAUGAGAAAACACCACAAUAAUAUUCCACACAAUGCAAUAGCCAUAUGUUACGCUUUUUGUAACCAUCCAAAAUGUAAGUUGUUAAUCAUUGAAAAUGUGCAGUCUUUAAUAAAUAACAGCAUGCAUGGAAUGGCAAGAGAGCAGGUCAGUAAUGGCAGAACUUUCAUUUUGGGUGAAUCAUCCUUUUAAUUCAGAGUGAGAAUUAGAUGUGAUCCUAAGAUCAGAAUUAAAGAGCAAGUGUUUUGUUUUGUAGAGAAGGUAGUGAUUUUCCCAGUGCAGAUGGUUUGGUACAAAUCCGCUAAAAAUUAGUAAACAAACCGUGAAAGAAUCCUUUUUUUUUUUUUUUUAUUGGUUUUGUUAUAAGUGAUGAUGAUGAUGAUGAUGAUGAUGGACUACAACCACUCGUAUUGGUACUUUCUACUAGUUCUUUUGUACUGAAGUAUCGAAGGUUACAUGUGCAAUGCUGUCUAUGUUGUAUUACUGUAAUGCUGAUUAAAGAGGUUGUGACUGCACACUUUUAAAGGCAAGAUGAGCUCAAGUUUAAGUAGUUUGAGAAAAAAGAUUAGUGACUAAAAAUAUUAAAGGGUAAAGCUGUGAUUAAAGCUCAGAGAGGCAUUGAAUGUUUGAAUGUCAACUGUGAUGUUCUAUUUUGUGAAGGUACAUUUCCAGGAUUUCCUUUGGUUUUUUUGUUUUGUUUUGUUUUUAUGGCUAUAUGGAUGAAACCGUUUUGAUGGGAAGCAAGCUGAAGGCUGAGGAUCUCCAAAAAUGCAAUUAAACUCCAACACAUUUCAUCCCAUUAUUCUCUGGACAUAGUACUGUACAUUUCUGUGGAAAAAUCCCUCGGGCCACUGUGGUUCAGUCCCACUGGAGCACAUUAAAGCUUACUUGAAAUGAGUCUUUG